CCUCCGUCAUUGACGUGCGGGUUAGAGGUGAAAGUGCGUGUAAGCCAUGCUGCUCGGCGCCGCCCGGUGUGUUCUGUGCGGAGUUCGCACCUUACCCAGAAACGUUUGGGGGAACGUCCCUAAUGUAAUAAUUAGGUGGUCCGUCCUGCGGCAGGGGAUACUGGGAAGCCGGGCGGUAUCGGAUAAUGUCCGCUCUCCACUCCUAGAAGAGCUGAUAAGGAGCGAUGCUUGGAGCGGUUAUCUCAGGCGGCUGGAGGAAUGGGGGGCAGCGGGAGGAGGGGGCGACGUGGUGGUGCCGGGCUCAGAGGGGAGUCAUGUGCCGGAGCUGAAGCGGGUGCUGCCUGUCCUGCGGGAACUGCGGAGCAAGGAGAGGGAAGUGCAGGAGCUCCAGCAGCUGGCAGAGGAAAAUGAAGAUCUGCAAUCUCUGGCGACAACAGACAUGGCUUCCUGUGAGGAGGAGAUCAUCCACCUGAAAUACCAGGUGGCUUGUCUGUUAAUUUCCAAAGACGAAGCUGACGACUGUAAUCUUAUAUUAGAGGUGACCGCUGGUGUCGGAGGACAAGAGGCCAUGCUCUUCACUGCUGAAAUAUUUGAUAUGUAUCAGCGCUAUGCCGCCUAUAAAAACUGGAGCUUUGACAUACUGGAAUAUUUUCACAGUGACUUAGGAGGAGUGCGGCAUGCAACAGCAAGUAUGGGUGGUUUUGAUGCUUAUAAACACUUGAAAUAUGAAGGUGGUGUGCACAGAGUUCAGAGAGUCCCCAGGACUGAGAAACAAGGACGGACUCAUACAAGUACUAUGACUGUAGCUAUUCUGCCACAACCAAGUGAGAUUAAUUUAGUGAUUAAUCCCAAGGAUUUACGUAUUGAAACCAAAAGAGCAAGUGGUGCCGGAGGCCAGCACGUAAAUACUACAGAUAGUGCUGUAAGGAUUGUGCACGUACCAACUGGCAUAGUUUCUGAAUGCCAGCAAGAAAGAUCUCAAAUCAAAAACAAAGAGACUGCCAUGAAAGUUCUCAGUGCAAAGUUAUACAACAUGAAGUUAGAAGAGCAGGUUAAUAAACGACAAAAUGCAAGAAAAAUCCAGGUCGGGACAAAAGGAAGGUCAGAAAAAAUUCGUACUUACAACUUCCCUCAGGACCGUGUUACAGACCAUCGGAUUGGCAAGUCUGUGCACAACAUUGAUGGAUUCUUGUUGGGUGAUGAACUUUUAGAUGAGAUGAUUCAGGAUCUUAGUGAAUUUUCUGACUAUGAAUCCCUCAUGGAAAUGAUUGAAAGUACGAAGAUCUGUAAAUAAAGGUGCUUUAUUUUCUAGGC